GUUUAAAAUAAUAUUUUUUCAAGAUAACAUUUUAUUUUGGGGAUAAAUCUACAUGAAAAAGUGCAAUUAUUGGAGAAUGCAGUGUUGCAAAUAGAGUUAGUUGGCAGGGACUCCAAGGUUGUUGCAGCACUAACCCUGUUUAACCAACAUCAUGCUCUGUUUAACAGAUACAGAGAUAAUGACCUAGUAUUAUAAUAUACUUAUGUAAAAUAAGAAUUUCGGAAAGUGUGAUUCAUUUCGAAGGUAGAUCACUCACUUUGUGAAUCAUUGCUAUGAAUCUGAAAAUUGAAAUAGAGAAAAGCUAAGUUCGUGUCUGCCUAAUGAGAUGGCAUUCUUUACUCAUUUAAUAGAAAGUGUUGUAUUACGUUUUGUUAGGUCUGUUGCUGGAUAUUUAUCAUCAUGAAGAAUGAUGUGGGAAGAUAAAUGAAGGGGUCUAGAAGUAAGUGUCAGUGGAAAUGAGAGCUACCAUCACUAAGGGCUGAAAACACAGUUAAAUCACUUUCAAAGUUAAAAGACUGUUAAGAACACAAGAUGGGGACUCCUGGUUCUGGGAGGAAAAGAACACCUGUGAAAGACCGAUUUUCUGCAGAAGAUGAAGCUUUGAGUAACAUUGCCAGAGAGGCAGAGGCAAGGCUGGCAGCAAAACGGGCUGCCCGGGCAGAAGCAAGAGAUAUACGCAUGAGAGAACUGGAACGGCAACAAAAAGAGCACUCUCAUCAUUCCUUUGAUCGGAAAUGGGGACAGAUUCAGAAGUGGCUGGAAGAUUCGGAAAGGGCCAGGUAUUCCCACCGGUCCAGUCACCAUCGUCCUUAUCUGGGAGUUGAGGAUGCAUUGUCCAUUCGAAGUCUUGGCAGUCACAGGUAUGAUAUGUUCAAGGAUAGAUCAUCAAGACUUUCAUCAUUAAAUCAUUCUUAUAGUCACUCUCAUGGAAUGAAGAAGAGGUCUUCUGGUUCUCAUAAAGACCCACUGAGUGGCCUCUACUUUGACCAGAGAAACUAUAGCAGUCUUAGACAUAGCAAACCCACCUCUGCCUACUACACUCGGCAGUCUUCUUCCCUGUACAGUGACCCUCUGGCAACAUAUAAGAGUGACAGGGCCUCUUCUACUGCAAAUUCUGGUCUGCUGAGAAGUGCCAGUCUGGCAUCAUUGUACAAUGGUGGAUUAUAUAACCCUUAUGGUUCUCGAACUCCAUCUGAAUGCAGUUAUUACUCAUCAAGAACAAGUUCAGCCCGAAGCAGUCCAGUGUUUACCAAUGAUGACACCGCAAGCAUUGUGUCUUCUGAUCGUGCCAGUCGUGGACAAAGGGAGAGUGUGGUUUCUGCCGCCGAUUAUUUCAGUCGCUCCAAUCGUAGGGGAAGUGUUGUCUCCGAGGUGGAUGACAUCAGUAUCCCAGAUUUGUCCAGCUUGGAUGAAAAAUCUGACAAACAGUAUGCUGAAAAUUAUACAAGACCUUCAUCUCGAAAUUCUGCCUCAGCAACAACCCCUCUAAGUGGAAACUCAUCCAGACGAGGAAGUGGGGACACCAGCAGCUUAAUAGAUCCAGACACCUCAUUAAGUGAAUUGCGGGAUAUCUAUGACCUUAAGGACCAGAUACAGGAUGUAGAAGGGAGAUACAUGCAGGGGCUUAAAGAACUAAAGGAAUCUUUGUCUGAAGUGGAAGAAAAAUACAAGAAAGCCAUGGUUUCCAAUGCACAGUUAGACAAUGAGAAGAACAAUUUGAUCUACCAAGUAGACACACUCAAGGAUGUUAUUGAAGAGCAGGAGGAACAGAUGGCAGAAUUUUAUAGAGAAAAUGAAGAAAAAUCAAAGGAGUUAGAAAGGCAGAAACAUAUGUGUAGUGUGCUGCAGCAUAAGAUGGAAGAACUUAAAGAAGGCCUUCGGCAAAGAGAUGAGCUUAUUGAGGAGAAGCAGCGCAUGCAGCAGAAAAUAGACACCAUGACAAAAGAGGUGUUUGACCUCCAGGAGACACUUCUUUGGAAAGAUAAAAAAAUUGGGGCCCUAGAGAAACAGAAAGAAUACAUUGCCUGCCUUAGGAAUGAGCGAGAUAUGCUCAGAGAGGAGCUGGCUGACCUGCAGGAGACAGUGAAGACGGGAGAGAAACAUGGCUUAGUUAUAAUCCCCGAUGGCACUCCCAAUGGUGAUGUCAGUCAUGAACCAGUGGCUGGAGCCAUCACUGUUGUGUCUCAGGAAGCUGCUCAGGUCUUGGAGUCAGCAGGAGAAGGGCCAUUAGAUGUAAGGCUACGAAAACUUGCUGGAGAGAAGGAAGAACUACUGUCACAGAUUAGAAAACUGAAGCUUCAAUUAGAGGAGGAACGACAGAAAUGCUCCAGGAAUGAUGGCACAGUGGGUGACCUGGCAGGACUGCAGAAUGGCUCAGACUUGCAGUUCAUCGAAAUGCAGAGAGAUGCCAAUAGACAAAUUAGCGAAUACAAAUUUAAGCUUUCAAAAGCAGAACAGGAUAUAACCACCUUGGAGCAAAGUAUUAGCCGGCUUGAGGGACAGGUUCUGAGAUAUAAAACUGCUGCUGAGAAUGCUGAGAAAGUUGAAGAUGAACUGAAAGCAGAAAAAAGGAAGCUACAACGAGAGUUACGAACAGCACUGGACAAGAUUGAGGAGAUGGAGAUGACCAACAGCCACCUGGCCAAGCGGCUGGAGAAGAUGAAGGCCAACAGGACAGCACUUUUGGCCCAGCAGUAGGAAAACCACCCUUCAACCUGGGUGAUGCUCCUUGGGGCCCUACCUAGAGGGACUGACUUUUGUCCAUUGACACAAACCCCUUUUAGUACUGUUUUGAGUUUUGUCAUUAAAACAGCCACCUUUGUAUUUUAUAAUUUAUGAGAGAAUGAAGCCAGUUUGAAUCUUCAUGAAUGAACACUUUGGAUUUUGUUGUAGUUUGAUUCUAGGCUAGAACCAGUCCAUGCUGUUUUUAUUUUUUAUCUCCGUAAUUGUAGAAUCAUGUUUACUCAACAUUUUUCCCCAGCUGCCUCAGUAACUGGGCACUCGGAGGCCUUGGCACGGGUUCUGGAGGACAGACAGCAAUUCUAUGAGUGCUCACUGAGAUACUUGCUGGAGACCUCAGAAAACACAAGUGCCUUCUCCACGGUGCAAUUCAGACUUCAGUGAUCUCCAGUGGUCAAAAGACAUUUACCCUUAAUAUCAGACGACAUUUGUAUUUUAGUGAAGAAACAAGUUCUUGGGUGGGGAAUCUAUGUUUCACUCAAAUUUAUAUGUUUGGAGGAAAAAAGCCUUUUUUUUGUAAAAUAUUUAAAUUUAUAUAAGAAAAUGUUAGAAAAAAAUAUGGGGGAGUGUAUAUAAAACUCGCUUUAUUGCAUGGGGCAGGGGAAGUCCAGGCCUAAUACUCUUAAAGUUUAAGAGUUGGGUCCUUUUUUCUUCAAUACAACUGUGCUGUACCUUGUAAAGUAUUUUAUCUGCUGCUUAUUUGUGGAAUGAAACCUCAAACAAACCCAAAAGGGGAGGGUAGGGCAGGGUGGGCAGAUCGGAAAUCUGCCUGCAGAUUCUAUUAAAUACACCCUUUUGCCAACCACAA